AUGGCACGCUUCGGUGACGAGGUGCCGAACCGAGGAGGAGGCGGAGGUGGAAGUGGAGGCGGCGGCAAUGCCGGUCCUCUGGGGGCCCCUGGCCGUGGCGGGAGCCGGCAAGGCGGACCCCCGGGGGGCCAGCGUGUGUACAAGCAGUCGAUGGCCCAGCGGGCCCGGACUAUGGCUCUGUACAACCCGAUCCCGGUCCGACAAAGCUGCUUUACACUCAACCGCUCUCUCUUCAUCUUCAGUGAGGACAACUUUGUCUAUGUGUUGUGUGUGAAGGAGGACUGUGAGGAGGAUGAUGAUGAACAUAGUGUGAAGGAGGACUGUGAGGAGGAUGAUGAUGAACAUAGUGUGAAGGAGGACUGUGAGGAGGAGGAUGAUGAACAUAGUGUGAAGGAGGACUGUGAGGAGGAGGAUGAUGAACAUAGUGUGAAGGAGGACUGUGAGGAGGAGAAUGAUGAACAUAGUGUGAAGGAGGACUGUGAGGAGGAGGAGGUUGAUAAACAUAGUGUGAAGGAGGACUGUGAGGAGGAUGAUGAUGAACAUAGUGUGAAGGAGGACUGUGAGGAGGAUGAUGAUGAACAUAGUGUGAAGGAGGACCCUGAGGAGGAGGAUGAACAUAGUGUGAAGGAGGAGAGUGAGGAGGAGGAGGUUGAUAAACAUAGUGUGAAGGAGGACUGUGAGGAGGAUGAUGAAUAUAGUGUGAAGGAGGACUGUGAGGAGGAGGAUGAACAUAGUGUGAAGAAGGACUGUGAGGAGGAUGAUGAUGAUGAACAUAGUGUGAAGGAGGACUGUGAGGAGGAUGAUGAUGAACAUAGUGUGAAGGAGGACUGUGAGGAGGAUGAUGAUGAACAUAGUGUGAAGGAGGACUGUGAGGAGGAUGAUGAUGACAUAGUUGUGAAGGAGGACUGUGAGGAGGAUGAUGAUGAAUAUAGUGUGAAGGAGGACUGUGAGGAGGAUGAUGAAUAUAGUGUGAAGGAGGACUGUGAGGAGGAGGAUGAACAUAGUGUGAAGGAGGACUGUGAGGAGGAGGAGGAUGAUGAACAUAGUGUGAAGGAGGACUGUGAGGAGGAUGAUGAUGAACAUAGUGUGGAGGAGGACUGUGAGGAGGAUGAUGAUGAACAUAGUGUGAAGGAGGACUGUGAGGAGGAUGAUGAUGAGCAUAGUGUGAAGGAGGACUGUGAGGAGGAUGAUGAUGAACAUAGUGUGAAUGAGGACUGUGAGGAGGAUGAUGAAUAUAGUGUGAAGGAGGACUGUGAGGAGGAUGAUGAUGAACAUAGUGUGAAUGAGGACUGUGAGGAGGAGGAGGAUGAACAUAGUGUGAAGGAGGACUGUGAGGAGGAGGAUGAUGAACAUAGUGUGAAGGAGGACUGUGAGGAGGAGGAUGAUGAACAUAGUGUGAAGGAGGACUGUGAGGAGGAGGAGGUUGAUAAACAUAGUGUGAAGGAGGACUGUGAGGAGGAUGAUGAUGAACAUAGUGUGAAGGAGGACUGUGAGGAGGAGGAGGUUGAUAAACAUAGUGUGAAGGAGGACUGUGAGGAGGAUGAUGAUGAACAUAGUGUGAAGGAGGACUGUGAGGAGGAUGAUGAUGAACAUAGUGUGAAGGAGGACCCUGAGGAGGAGGAUGAACAUAGUGUGAAGGAGGAGAGUGAGGAGGAGGAGGUUGAUAAACAUAGUGUGAAGGAGGACUGUGAGGAGGAUGAUGAAUAUAGUGUGAAGGAGGACUGUGAGGAGGAGGAUGAACAUAGUGUGAAGAAGGACUGUGAGGAGGAUGAUGAUGAUGAACAUAGUGUGAAGGAGGACUGUGAGGAGGAUGAUGAUGAACAUAGUGUGAAGGAGGACUGUUUGGAGGAUGAUGAUGAGCAUAGUGUGAAGGAGGACUGUGAGGAGGAUGAUGAUGAACAUAGUGUGAAGGAGGACUGUGAGGAGGAUGAUGAAUAUAGUGUGAAGGAGGACUGUGAGGAGGAGGAUGAACAUAGUGUGAAGGAGGACUGUGAGGAGGAGGAGGAUGAUGAACAUAGUGUGAAGGAGGACUGUGAGGAGGAUGAUGAUGAACAUAGUGUGAAGGAGGACUGUGAGGAGGAUGAUGAUGAACAUAGUGUGAAGGAGGACUGUGAGGAGGAUGAUGAUGAGCAUAGUGUGAAGGAGGACAGUGAGGAGGAUGAUGAUGAACAUAGUGUGAAGGAGGACUGUGAGGAGGAUGAUGAUGAACAUAGUGUGAAGGAGGACUGUGAGGAGGAGGAGGUUGAUAAACAUAGUGUGAAUGAGGACUGUGAGGAGGAUGAUGAAUAUAGUGUGAAGGAGGACUGUGAGGAGGAGGAUGAUGAACAUAGUGUGAAGGAGGACUGUGAGGAGGAUGAUGAUGAACAUAGUGUGAAGGAGGACUGUGAGGAGGAUGAUGAUGAACAUAGUGUGAAGGAGGACUGUGAGGAGGAGGAGAUGAUGAACAUAGUUGUGAAGGAGGACUGUGAGGAGGAUGAUGAUGAACAUAGUGUGAAGGAGGACUGUGAGGAGGAUGAUGAUGAACAUAGUGUGAAGGAGGACUGUGAGGAGGAGGAGGAUGAACAUAGUGUGAAGGAGGACUGUGAGGAGGAGAAUGAACAUAGUGUGAAGGAGGACUGUGAGGAGGAGGAUGAACAUAGUGUGAAGGAGGACUGUGAGGAGGAGGAUGAACAUAGUGUGAAGGAGGACUGUGAGGAGGAGGAGGAUGAACAUAGUGUGAAGGAGGACUGUGAGGAGGAGGAUGAACAUAGUGUGAAGGAGGACUGUGAGGAGGAGGAGGAUGAACAUAGUGUGAAGGAGGACUGUGAGGAGGAGGAGGAGGAUGAACAUAGUGUGAAGGAGGACAGUGAGGAGGAUGAUGAUGAACAUAGUGUGAAGGAGGACUGUGAGAAGGAGGAGGAUGAACAUAGUGUGAAGGAGGACUGUGAGGAGGAUGAUGAUGAACAUAGUGUGAAGGAGGACUGUGAGGAGGAGGAGGAUGAACAUUGUGUGAAGGAGGACUGUGAGGCGGAGGAGGAUGAUGAACAUAGAAAAAAACUUGUUAGGAAUUGA